AUUUGCUGUGAAUCGUAGAGGCUGUGUCGAUUAUUUAUUUCGAAAAUAUAUUAAGUCCAGUGUUAAAACAAGAUUUAAACGAUGAUAGGGAGUGAUUAUACUUUAGAACUGUGCAAUGUGUUCCAUUCUGGCCAAGUGGAACCGGGGAGUUUCUUCCAGCGACUAACGGGAGGUGUAAAGACUGGAAUCAUUCUAAAAGAUGUCUCCUUCAUCACACAUAGCGGAGAAGUUACCGCUAUAUUGGGAUCAAAAGGUAGCGGUAAACGCGCUCUUCUCGACGUCAUUAGUCGCCGGGUACCUUCAAAAGGCCACAUUCUCUUGGAAGGAGUGCCUUUGGAAGAAGACCACUUCAGGAAUUCAUGUGCCGUGGUGAAACACUCCACGAAAUUACUUCCUGGGCUGACGGUACAACAGACGUUGUCGCUGUCGUUAACUAAGAUUUCAGGAUAUCUCAAAUCUUCAAAGGUGAAACAAGUGAUGGCAGAUUUAACGUUGUCUCAGGUGGCUAAUAAAUGCGUGACAAGUUUGACAAAGAGCGAAUACAGAAGACUCGUGAUAGGAGUACAGUUAAUACGAGACCCAAUUAUUCUGUUGCUGGAUGAACCGACAUGGGACUUGGAUCCAUUGAACACCUAUUUGGUGAUAUCAAUACUGUCAAACGUAGCGAAAAAAUAUGGCACAGCAAUCAUUCUCACUAUGGAAAAGCCACGAUCAGAUGUCUUCCCCUUCCUUGAUCGUGUUGUCUACUUGUGUCUGGGAGACGUGGUGUAUGCAGGACCGACACGAAACCUUUUGGAUUACUUUGGAAGUAUCGGUUUUCCUUGCCCACAACUGGAGAAUCCACUGAUGUAUUAUUUAUGUCUAUCAACAGUAGACAGACGGUCGCGAGAACGUUUCAUAGAAUCAAAUCAUCAAAUAGCAGCAUUAGUCGAAAAGUUCAAAAUAGAAGGACAAAGUAUCAUGCAGGGCAACCCCACGGAACACAGUCGAAUAAUUAAUCCGAACAAAAUACAAAUGAAUUAUGGUAAACCUGGCGGAUUAAAAGUCAUUUGUAUGUUAUACUUACGAAUUCUUCUAUCGAUAUUCAACUUCAAAAGCAAUGGUAUAAAACAAAUGUCUAUGAGGCUUCUAUCAUUACCAUUUUACUUCUUCAUUUUGUGGAUAUUUUAUAAUGAAGCAAAGGAUUAUCAAAGGGCUUUUAUAACAAAAAGCGGCCUCAUAUUUAACGCGAUGAUAGGAACAUAUUUCAUCAGUAUUAUGAACACAAUUUGUCUCUACGGUCCAUACAGAACUCGGUACUAUCAAGAAUCGCAGGAAGGUCUAUACAGUGGUGCUAGUCUUCUAUUAGCGUGGAAUAUGGUGUCAUUGCCAUUUUCAUUCCUGACUUCAUUUGCAUCAGCGGCUAUCAUUUAUCCAAUUUUAGGAGACAUCACAGAAAGCAUGGACUAUGUGUACUUCGCUUUAGUGUUAUGGUCAUGCUACAUCUACGCUGAGCAGCAGUCCUUGGCUAUCAUGAUGUUCGUCAAAAACGGCUUAAUUGCCGCCAUAGUGAACAUUUACAUCACAUGCAUAUAUGUUAUGCUAGCUAGCGGUGUCUUAAGAUCCUACAAAGGCUACGAAGAUUGGCUGUUCUAUCUAACAUACAUUACUCACACGAGAUACGCCUCCAUAUUCCUCCACCGAAACAUUUUCAAGCAGCCGACGUUCAACAUUUUGCCCUACAGCGACGAAGAAAAUUGCACAUCCAUCACUAGCCUGAUCCAAACCUCCGCAAAUCUUAACACAAAUUCAAACGCAAACUGUAGAUACGCGAGCGGCAAAGCAUUUUUGACAGAACGUUUUACCGCCAAAAAUUUCGCGGGUGACAUUUAUUUGACAGGAGACUUCAACCCAGAUUUUAAUUUGGGCGUAUCGUUUGCUUUCUCUGUGGGCAUCAUGGUUUUUAACAAAUUUUUAUAUUUAAUACCUUUACCGGGCUAUAUCGCUGAUAAAUUUAGGGAAUAGUUUGUAUUUAUGUUUAAUUUACUUUAGAGUGUAGUGUGUAAUAAAAAUUCACAUAAAAAUCA